AUGCCCGGAUGCUGGCAAUGGCCAGACCAUGUCGCCCGUUGGUGGCUCUUCGACGUGUGCAGCCGGCGCAUCUUCACCGAUGUCGACACGGAAUCUCAGAUACCACAACAAGCAGGUGGGACAGGACCUGGCGGGACGGGUCCGGGAAGAGCCGCGCGAGCCCGGGCCCUGGAGUUAGCGCAGCAACUCGCUCUGUCCCUGCAACACGCCAUACCACCUCCGCCGCGACCUGACUUUACUACUGCCAGUGCUAUACUACGAUGGCUUCAACAAAACAAUAACUCCGUUGCACUUGUCUUGUUUUCGUUAGCU